AUGGGCAGUAAGCAGAAAGCUACUAGUUGCCAGAGAACUAGUGAGGGAUAUGCUCAUGCUGGUAUUGUGCGCUUCAAGUGUGGUAGAGCUGGUCAUAAGAGUAAUGUGUGUACUGCUGAAGCCAAGAGAUUGGGUCUUGUGUUGUCUUCUAUGAAUGGAGAGAUGAUCGUCGAUACUCUAGCUAAGGGAUUGGUGACUACUUCUCUUGUGUGUUUAAAGUGCCCCUUGUCGAUUUUCGACAGAGACUUUAUUGUCGAUUUUGUUUGCUUGCCGUUGAGAGGAUUGGACGUGAUCUUAGGUAUAAAUUGGUUAGAGUAUAACCAUGUUCAUAUUAAUUAUUAUGAUAAGUCGGUGAGGUUCUCUACUCCUGAAGAAGAACAUGUUGAAUUGUUGUCUGCUAGACAAUUGCGCCUGUUAAUAAAAGAAGAAGUGCAAGUGUUCGCAUUGGUGGCAUUGUUGUCUAUUGAGAAUCAAGCUAUAAUUGAUGAGUUGUAA